AUGACCGAGAACUCGAGAAUCGUUAAAGAUAGUGUGGCGCCCGUGAUCGUCAAGGGUGCGACCGUGAACGGCCAUCACGCGCAGCUGAACGGUGGCCAUGCCGCACUCGGGAAGGAUGGCAAAAAGGUGGCCGUCCCGCUGCUGGAGGCGGACGCUCACGCCACGUUCGAGCCACCGGACGGUGGCACCCGGGCCUGGCUCGUGAUGAUCGGUGCGUUCCUGUGCAACGGUGUCCUGUUCGGGGUGAUCAACACGUACAGCGUCGUGUACCUGAGCCUCCAGAAGCAGCUGCAGGAGAUUGGCGAUAAUGAAGCGUCCAGCAAAGCAGCUCUCGUCGGUUCGUUAACGAUUGGUACGACUUUCCUCCUUUCGCCGGUGUCCGGCAUCCUGACGGACAAGAUUGGACUGCGACGCACCACCUUCAUCGGUGGUUUGCUCACGUGCGGCGGUAUGUUUGCGUCGUCCUACUUUACGCACAAUGUGACCGCCCUGUGCUUCACGUACGGCAUCAUGUUCGGACUGGGCGCCGCCCUAGCGUACACACCUUCGCUCGCAAUCCUUGGCCACUAUUUCAAGCGCAACCUGGGGCUGGUCAACGGUGUUGUGACGGCGGGCUCGAGCGUCUUCACCGCCAUCAUGCCCAACUGUUUGAAUUACCUGGUGGAGCAUAAGGGGCUGGUGACGUCCUUCCGCAUACUGGCCGUCAUCUCGAGCUUCGUGAUAUUUUGUGCCCUGCUGUACAAACCACUGCAACCUCCACCGCCCCCACCGAAGGUAAAACCGGGCCGAUCUGCCGUCAACACCUUCCUGCGCUCGUUCAUCAACUUCGACAACUGGAAGAAGCGCAAGUACAUCAUCUGGGCCGUAUCGAUCCCGAUUGCACUGUUCGGGUACUUUGUGCCGUACGUCCAUAUGGGCAAGUUCGUGAAGGAUAAUUUCCCGGAGAAGGGUGAAAAUUUGCCCGUGAUGUGCAUCGGCAUUACGUCCGGGUUGGGUCGACUCCUGUUCGGCUUUAUCGCCGAUAUGCCGCGCAUCAACCGGGUGCUGCUGCAGCAGAUGUCGUUUGUGAUGAUCGGCACCUUGACGAUGUGUUUACCGGCGACCGGUUCCUUCCCGCUGCUGCUAGCCAUCACGCUCGCCAUGGGACUGUUCGACGGGUGCUUCAUCUCGCUGCUCGGCCCGAUUGCGUACGAUAUCUGUGGACCGCGCGGUGCUACACAAGCGAUCGGUUUCCUGCUCGGUAUGUGCUCACUGCCACUGACGCUAGGCCCGCCCGUCGCCGGCAUGCUGUACGAUCAGACGGGAUCGUACCAGCUGCCAUUUAUUCUCGCCGGUAUUCCACCGUUGUUCGGUGCCAGCACCAUGUUCCUUAUCCGAUGCGUCAAGGAUGACGAUCCAAAACAGCAAACGAUGGGUACGGAACCGAAGCUGGAACCAUUGGCCCAUGCGGCUUGGGACUGUGAAAAUCCAACCGAUGGCAAACAACUGAACGGACUGCUGCAUCCCGAGCGCCGUGCCACGCUUGCCAGUUCAGAAUCACUUACAGCGGAAAAGAAUGAAACGGGUUAG